UUUCCGGUUAUAGGCGCGUGUUUCCGUUUGUUUUCUUCUGCGAGACGCAUUUCUUACGAUAUUUUUUGUCUUCGUUUGCAGGGGAAAAGUAAAUAAAACAAAUAAACAUGAGUAAAGCACAUCCACCAGAGUUAAAGAAGUUUAUGGAUAAGAAGCUGUCUCUGAAGCUGAACGGUGGCCGUCAUGUUCAAGGCAUCUUACGAGGAUUUGAUCCGUUUAUGAAUCUGGUGGUGGAUGACUGCAUCGAAAUGUCUGCUGGUGGACAACAGAACUCUAUUGGCAUGGUGGUCAUAAGAGGAAACAGUAUUAUCAUGCUGGAGGCUCUUGAGAGAGUAUGAUGAUGAUGAUGACCUUCGUCUUUACCCCUUCUUAUGCGAGAGCUUGUUUUGUGACCUAAAGAACUUGGUGGAGGCCAAACUCGGGAAUGAAUGAAUGAAUGACCUACCUUUUUUUUUUUUUUUUUAUAAUGUUUAGAAAUGUUUGUGUUUUCUAAAUCAAUAAAUGGUGAAUAAUCUGUAA